AUGGAUAGAAUUGUUCUUAUCAAACCAGUUGGUUCUCUGUCACCAGUUGCAGAUGCUCCUCGAUAUGGUCUUCCUACAUUACCUGGAUCUACAAAUACCAUGCCUUCCCUACCACUCUUCCUUUCCAACAAGCCAUCUUCUACGAAUAGCUCAUUCACUUCAGAUAAUUCAGAUUUGUUAUCGACUACAAGAUCGACAUCAUUUAGAGAAAGUACAAGUGGCAGUGGACAAGGUGGCUCUUCAACAACAGUUAAAUCACCAAGAAAUAAUUGGAACAUCACAUCAAAAUCUCACUAUGAAGAUAAGAGACCAUUCCACUACAAUCGUGAAACUAUUGAUUCAUUCCUUAAUGCUGAUGUGAAAGAACAAAACAAACAACAACAUCAAAAGAGAGUUCUUGUUAAUCCAAUGUCAUCACUUUCAGCCUAUGAAGAACUCGAUCUUGAUAAAUUAACAAUUAUUUCACUCGAUAAAUAUGAAGGAAUGGAUGACGAUUUUGAAAUUGAAACAACAAACAAACUCUACAGAUUGAGACCACUUCCACAAUGGGACACUGUUGAACAGGAGGAAUUAAACUUCAUGUACAAGGCAGAUCGAGCAGUUCAUGGCGAAGAAAUUUAUUUCAAAACCAAUCCAUUACCUGUUGUUAUUGGGAGGAAACGUUUGGAUAAACUUUCGAAUUUCUUUUUGGAUGAGGAAUGUGACAGAGAGGAAUUGGAAAGAUUACCAAAUUCUGUGGAGGGACUCAAAUUAUUACUUUUGCAAAUGCAGAAGGAGAGUGGCGUAUUGAAACAACAAUUGUUUUUAGGAGGAGUGAAGAGUGCCGAGUGA